CUCCCUCAUCUUUCCCCUUACCCCCCAUCCCAAUUCUUCUUUUCCUCACGCGCUCGAAUGCCCCGCUCCGCAUUGCGAGCUUUAUGACGGAUUCUCGCAGAGUGGAAGAGAGAUGGUAGGGCACUACCGCUGGCGCUCGCCGGGCAGCAUGUAAUUGACCAUACCCCAAGAGCACCGACUGCAACAUCGACACCCCGGGCUGAAACGCUGCCUCCCCAAGAGGACUGGUCGACGGAUGUGUCGAAGGUAUUGAAAGCAGGAUUGAGAGCAGGACAGUUCUGCCGAACAAGCAAAGCAAUACGAAAACGAACGCGCCGCGCCGCCGACUAACACGCCAACCCCCCUUCCUCUCAUGCACCUCGAACGGCGACGCUUUCCCAGAGCCAGAUCAAGAAUACAACACAGGGCCACUCCGACGACGAACAGGCAGAUGCGUAAGCCAAAGACAGAAAGGGGGAGAAAAGAAGGAUCCCCACGACUACGAAGACGACGACAGAGCGGUCUGCACCUCGGCUCCAUGCACCCAUCCACUUCAAACAUGCCCGAGUCUACAUGUCCUCCUCCAAAGACACCACGUUCUGCUGCCUGGCCCGCCAGUUGGCAGUGGGGAACCACCACCUAUUGCGAGGGGCGGCUGGAGCAAGGGAGAAGGGCCGGAUGAAGGCGGCGGGAGGGAGUGCGAAGCCCCCAGCGAAGUCGGUGUCGUCCGACUGCUGGUCGCAGUGGUGGUGGUGCUCGACAAACACCUCGACUCGGCUGCUGGGCGCGGAUGGCGACCUAUGCGGGGUUGGCUUGGCUGCACUACCAGAUAGAGGGGACAGGGACAUUGGAUGUGGAGAGGGACAAGGGUGGGUGGGUCACCCACAUGGCUGCACUGCAUGAGAUGAUGGCCGAGGACGUGCGCUGACUGACACUACUGGCCUCACCUGGGCUUGGGUGUCUUGCUUAGGCGACGUGUGUGUGCUUGCCAGACGCGAAAGCGUUUCAUGUGCAUCCCCAAGCGAGAUUACUAGUCCGGGAUAGUCGGCCACCAGAUAGCUUUAGCAAGAGACUCGUCUUCCUCGUGACCCAUAGCUAAUCUCCAUAUCAUAAGUAUAGAUCAAUUUGAUAAGGACCAAGUCCCG